CGAGAGACGAGAACCGAGAUUGACUCUCAAGUUGUCACACAAAUACGCAGUCAACAUGUCGUCGAAAGUCAUCAUUGUGACCGGCGCCAGCCGUGGCAUCGGCCUAGCCAUCGCAUCGUACCUGCUGAAGGCUUCCCACAACGUGGUUCUAGCCGCUCGGUCCAGUGACCAGUUGGAAGCUCUGAAGAAGUCGUACCCUAAUCAAGUUGAAUAUGUUGCGGGAGAUCUGGGCAAUCUCGAGAUUCCGCCCAAAGUGGCUGAACUCGCCGUCAAGGCCUUUGGCAGAAUUGACGGAGUGGUCAUCAACCACGGAGUUCUUACACCGGUUACACGCUUGGAGAAUGCGUCCGUGGAGGAAUGGAGGAAAGCAUACGACAUUAACGUGUUCAGUGGGCUGGCCUUGGUCAAAGCGGCUCUCCCUGCACUACGAAAAUCCAAGGGAAGUGUGGUGUGGGUUUCAUCGGGGGCUGCUGCGAAAGCUUAUACCGCUUGGGGUGCCUACGGCUCCUCCAAGGCGGCCGUGGAGAGCAUCUCGGCGCAUCUUGCAGUCGAGGAGCCCGAUAUAACAGGUAUAGCUGUUUCUCCCGGCCGCGUGGACACGGACAUGCAGAGGGUCAUUCGGGAAGAUGGCAAACAUGCCAUGGACGCCAAGGACCAUUCCGGGUUCUCUUCAGCAUUUGAGCAAGGGCAAUUGCUCAAGCCCGAACAACCGGGUCAUGUCAUGGCGAGAUUCGUUUUGAAUCCCGACCACAGUCUAAGCGGCGAGUCUCUGAGAUGGCAAGCAAGCGAGCUUGCUGCGUACCAAGAGGCGUGAUGGACGCUGACUGUUUGGACACUAUAAAGCGAUGGUCAGCAACUGAGCUUGAUGACGCAAGUAAAAUAGAACAUCGAAAUAAAAGAAAGUUGCAGUCAGUUGAAAGAUGAAAAGCUCAUAUGUUAAUCCACAUAGAUGAUUCAGGAUUAGCAUGGAAUAUGUUUUAUCAUCAUGCAACGGGGAAAAAAAAAGUUAUGAAAAAAUGUGCAACAAACCUUAUCAGCAGAAGCCCGCCCCCAAUUCUUGACUACGCAUUCAUGCUGAGCCAGAAUAGCCUGAAGAUAUCGUGUAAGUAUAGGGCGCAAGCACUUCGUGUGUCCGACCAAAGGCAGUUUCAACGGCGAUGUUUCUCAGUGUGGAAAUGUCUCCGUCCUCUUGUGUCGGUAUUUGAUAGUACUUUAAUUUGGGCAUCCUGGUCGCCGAAAC